GUUAAUGAAAACAGACAGUUCAGCGGCCAAGAGACAGGCGGUGCUCAGGGAUCUGUGCUUACUGUCAAAAAGGCACAAUAACAUCAAAAUUAACUAGGCUAAUUUAAGAUAACGUUGUGUUCUCCUGCUAUAACACGACAGACGGACAAGAAAACGAGAUUUGGUUGUUUAGAUUUCACCAUUGUCAGUUGUAGAGGUAUUUCUGCGAUGGAGUUUCCAGAUUUGGGAGAGCACUGCUCUGAGAAGACCUGCAAGCGUUUAGAUUUUCUUCCUAUGAGAUGUGAUGCCUGUAAAGAGAUUUUCUGCAAGGACCACAUUACCUAUGCAAAUCACAAAUGCACCUCAUCCUACAAAAAGGAUGUCCAGGUCCCAGUGUGUCCUUUGUGCAACAUCCCUAUUCCCAUCAAGAGAGGAGAGAUUCCCGACAUUAAAGUCGGGGAACACAUUGAUCGGGAUUGCAAAUCGGACCCUGCACAGAGAAAGAGAAAGAUUUUCACAAAUAAAUGUUCUAAAGGAGGCUGUAAGCAGAAGGAAAUGAUACGAGUGACCUGUGACCAGUGUCGUUUAAAUUACUGUCUUAAACACCGGCACCCACUAGACCAUGAUUGUAAAACUGAUGGGAAACCUCUGUCCAAACCACGACAUGCUGCUGCAAUGAGGGCCCAAGGUGCUUCCUCCGCUGCCUCUGGUUCUAGUUCAUCUGCUUCAGGACGCUCUAGACCUGUUUCUAAUGGUCUGAGUGCAAACAACAGAGGCCACAACAGCGGCUCUACUCAGAGGAUCCCUACUUCCGUUUCAGCACAGAAUGUUAUCCCACCAUCAGCAUCAUUUCAGGCCAGCAUGACGGAGGAGCAGGCUUUACAAAGGGCUCUGGAGAUGUCUUUGGCUGAUUCGAUUCAGCCAACGGUUCAGCCAGACCUUAGCCCUCAGGAGCAGGACGAUCUGGCUCUCGCUCAGGCUCUCGCUGCCAGUGAAGAAGAAUACAGACGUCAGCAGCAGAUACAACAGGGGAGAGAGUCCAAACAGUCCAGCUGCAGCCUUUCUUAAUCUCCAACCACCAUUUAGACUUCAAGCUGUGCUAAUGAUCUACUAGAAACUGCACAUCUAGGAUAUCAACAUCCAGGAUCAAUGAUUGUUAAAAGAAGAAAUACUCUUGGAAAUUUGCUGAGACAUUGCCGCCUUCUACUAUAUAAGCACAUACUUUCCCAGCAGGAUCUGUCAUUUUUACUAAUGAUUUGCUUUGUACAUAUUUUAUAUGCUAAUCAUGAAACCGUUAUAUUAACUUGUAUGAAUAUUAAUAAAUAAUUUCAAAGAUGCACUCUGAA